AUGCAGAAGACAGACAGGAGACCAGUACUACAUACGGGGAGUCCCAACGCCAAAAAUUUGCGAUUGAAAAUUCAGAUUAGACCUGAGCUUGCCCACCAACCAUACACGGUCGACAACGUGGGUAUACCGGCGCACCCAGACGUCUCAAGUAACAAUGGCAAACAACGCGUAGAAGGAACUUCCGACGUUCGCGUGCUUCUCAAGACCAAGCAUCCUGUCUUACACGACGUAUGCAGUGUUACAGAACGGCGGGAAUUAAUCUUCCCCAAGUAUCUCAUCCACGGCGGUCAUGUAGGUGACCACUGGCAGACCUUGAACCAUAUGGUGGCUCAGAUGACCAUAGAAUUAUUCUCAUCUGCCACAGAAAAAAUAUUUAUUAGCCCUCAGGAGAGCUACAUGUACUACUCAACGACCCCAGCCUAUUCAAGAAUGCAAUACAUCCUUUCUAUCGUCGCCGCUCUAUUUUUCAGCAAUAGCUUCGUGACGGGAGUCCCUAUACAAACCGGGUCUAUCCAGUCCGAUGCUGCCCAAACGUGCGCAGAUCCUAGCCUCGCGGGCCUAUACGCCUCCUUUUACAGCCCAACAAGAAUUGCGCACGUCGUUCGUCUUGCGACCGACAUGAUUGCCUUUGACACCUCUGUCGGCACCACCGACAACUACGAGCUUCAAAACCCAUUGUUCUUUGCCUGGCCCACUGCGCAGGAAUUUACUGUGCCCGUGCACCAGCUUGAGAGCACGGACGGGCAGGACUUUAUGUUUGUGCCCGAGGUCAAUGGGACGGUCCCGAACAUCGCUGGGUGGCGCACCCAGGGGAGCACGGUACAUGCGUAUGCGACGCAGGUCUGUGGAAGUGUUCCUCUGUUUACAGCGUUUAAUGCGGCUGGGAGCGACCAUUGGUGGACAACAAAUGAGGAUGAUCAUGCGAGGAUGAUCGCUAACAGUGGAUGGGUGGAUGCAGGGAUACCAUUUUACGUUUUACCGUUGGAUUAUGAUUCCUGA